CGCUGGACCAGCCCGGUUGUGAUCCGGGCCGAUGAGCGCUGCCGAAGUGUAUGGAGCUACAGCACAUACAGCUGUUGCGUACAUGCUUGGACAUCAGCCACCUCCUUGACCUGGCUGGCUCACAAAGUGACUUCUAUUGGAUCAGCUGUGAGCUCCGCAUCCUUCGACUCCACAUCCCUUCGCUCAGAGCACUUUUCACCCUCGCAUUCACCACGACUGGCCUCAUCUCCUUCUUCAACGAGCACACGCAGCUUCACUGAGAGUAUCCUCCUCACCCUCCCCACGACCGAGCACAUCGACAGUGGAAAUGUCUGGCUCCUCUUCAUCUUCGUCGGGGUCGACAAAGAAGGAGGGUCAAAAGUAUGGCGAGAUACGCAACACGAUCGACUUGGAUGUGCUGAAUGACUACCUGAAGAAAAACGUCAAAGGCAUUGCAGCGCCCGUCACCGCCAAGCAAUUCAGCUUUGGGCAGUCCAACCCGACGUACAUCUUGACCGACAGCGACGCUUCGAAAUACGUUUUGCGCAAAAAGCCGCCCGGCACAUUGCUAUCUCCCACUGCUCACGCGGUGGAGCGAGAAUACAGGGUGCUGAAGGCGCUCGGAGAGCACAACGAGAGGCUUCCAGGAGACAAGGGCACCGGUCCGCACGACGAUCAGAGAUUGAAACAUAGGGACGCUGUGCCUGUGCCCAAAGUGUACACGCUCUGCGAAGAUGCUUCCAUCCUCGGCACUCCUUGGUACAUUAUGCAAUUCGUUGAGGGAAGAAUCUUCGAGGACCCCAGGAUGGUCACCAUCCCGAAACAAGAGCGCAUACAGUGCUACGAGUCAGCCUUGAAGACGUUGGCGGCGCUUCACCGCAUCAAACCAGCAGACGUUGGUCUGGAGUCGUACGGCAAGACCCAAGACUUUUACAUGAGGCAGCUGAAAGGCCUGGGCAAAGUGUCUUACAUGCAGUCCAAGGCGAAGGAUAAGGACACUGGCAAAGAGGUCGGCGAAAUUCCUUCCUUCAAGGACAUUACCACUUGGUUUGCCAAGAACAUGGUCGCGGACGAGAACGGGAUCACUCACGGAGACUACAAGAUCGAUAAUCUGAUUUUUCAUCCGACCGAACCACGCGUGAUUGGUGUGCUGGACUGGGAGCUUUCCACGCUCGGACAUCCUCUUUCCGAUCUGGGCAACAUAUUGCAGCCCUUCUCGUUGGAUUGCCCGGACCCAUCCAUCGCCUCUGCCCCACUCGACCAACUACAGAAGUCAGGAAGUGGCAAGAGCGAAGACAUGUUCAUGUCCCUUGGAGGCUUGGACAAGUCUACUUGUCCAGUACCCACAAAGGAACAGAACCUCGAAAUCUAUUGCCAAGCGGUUGAAAGACCAUUCCCUAUUCCCAAUUGGGCAUUCUGCGAAGCAUGGGCUUGGUUCCGCCUUGCUGUCAUCGCACAAGGCAUCGCUGCUCGUGUAGCUCAAAAACAGGCCAGCUCGGCAGAAGCUGUUCGCUACGCCAGCAAAUUUCCUGCAUGUGCGGAGAACGUCAAACUGAUCAUUAGACGAUCCGAAGAGGGCAAAGCCAAGCUGUAAAGCGUCAUUCCUUUCCCCUUUGUGUUCUUUGCUGCGAUUUGUGGUUCUGACGAUUACUUUGUCGAGGCUGGAAUGUCAUGAGGAAUUGCGAACGC